GUCAACGAACAACGACUAGACAUGUUACUUAGAAGCUUCUGGGAACUCGAAGAGCCCAUACCAUCAUCCGAAAUACACGUGGAUGACUGUGAGACGAUCUUCAACGACACAGUUACCCGUACCUCAGACGGCAGGUACCAGGUGCAAAUUUUAUUUCGACCAGAUGCUCCUGCUAUUGGAGAAUCUCAUCAAUCGACAGUCCGCCAGUUUCUACAACUCGAGCGGCGGUUGAUGAACGAUCCCUGUCUUUGUGAGCAGUACAUUACAUUUAUGCGAGAAUACAUUGCUCUCGAUCACAUGGAGGUUAGCAAGCAAGCUUUCACCAAUAAAGAAAAUGGUUACAUCAUACCUCAUCAUGCGGUAACCACAAAAUUUCGCGUAGUUUUCAACGCUUCCGCGAAGACAUCGAAUGGGACAACCUUAAACGAUACUCAGUUUUCUGGACCACAACUACAUGCCAAUAUUGUCGACAUCCUUCACCGUUUUCGCAAAUGCAAGGUAGCCAUCACUGCAGACAUACAGAAGAUGUUUCGACAAAUCCUGGUAGACAGACGACAUCGUAAAUGGCAACAAAUACUUUGGCGUGAAUUGCCAAAUGAACCUCUUCAAGUGUACGAAUUGAAGACGGUAACUUAUGGAAUGGCAUGUAGUCCAUUGAACGCAAUACGCGCACUGCGUCAAUGUGCGAAUGACAAUUAUGAAGUCAUCUAUGACCCAAGCCGGGCUGCCGCAACGCGUCAUAGCAUACUUUAUAAUUUCUACGUUGAUGACUAUUUGCAUAGCGUCGACAGUGAUGAACUUGCUAUUACCCGUGCUCAAGAUGUAGCGACUAUUUUGAAACAACGACAAUUAAUAUUGGGAAAGUGGAAUUCCAAUUCUACACACGUAUUAUCUGCGAUAACCGGUACAACAUUUUCUGCAUCCGAACUAGAGUUGAACAACUCAACAACAAAGGUUUUGGGUCUUUACUGGGAUCCAGUGAGCGACGAGCUUUUCUUCAAGUUAGGCUUAGUUGACGACACUUCAAUGCAUACCAAGCGAAUGGUUUUGAGUGACGUGACGAAAUUAUAUGAUCCAACUGGGGUAUUGGCACCCGUGGUCGUGGUGGCCAAACUAUUCAUACAGGACUUAUGGAAGGCUGGUCUCCCAUGGGACGCUGAACUUCCUCCAGAACUACUCAAUUCAUGGGUCUUAUGCGAGAAUACAUUGCUCCUGAUCACAUGGCGGUUAAAGUACGCUUUUACCAAUAAAGAAAAUGUAUACUGUACCUCAUCAUGA